AUGCCACGCGGGGCUCAGGGGGGCUUCCUGCUAGCAGCCGCGCUGGCGCUGCUGCUGGCCGGCGACCUCUUGGCGACGGCGGCUGGGCGCCGAGGUGGGGAUGGCAGCGGGAGGGGGCCGAUGACUGGAUGGUGGGGCCAUCGGAUGAUGCUCUGGUUCGCGAAGACAGAAAGCUGCUUCAAGAAGUGUCGGGCAUCUGCUCCGUGCGACCGCUUCCCCUACAUGACAUCCAUUCGCGACGCCGCAGGCGUCCAUCGCUGUGGCGGUGUGCUGGUCAGGGCGCCGGCCGCCACCAAGAAGGACCCGCCGUUUGUGCUGACGUCCGCGAAGUGCAUAGACGACCUGGGCCAUUCGCCCAUCGUUGUCAUCGGCGCCUGCGACCGUGAGCGCACCAAGAUUUUGCUGCCGGCAAGGACGUUCGUCCACGAAGGUUGGACUGGCAACGCCAGCGAAGGGAACGACAUUGCGCUGCUAUGGAUGAGCAAGCGAGUCAAAAGGAAAUCCAUAGCCUUGUCCGUGAGGUUUGAGGCCCCUAAAUUAGGAGAGGCGUUUGCCACCCUGGAGUGGGGAACUGGCGAAGGAGCCAAGCCGUCGGAUGUCUUACUAAUAUCUUCGGACCUCCGAUUCGUCUCCAGUGAAGACUGUUCCUCUCAGGACUCGUGGGGCGACACGAUAACAGAAUCUAUGGCGUGCUUCUUUGGAGGCACUUUUGGACAGGACACAUGUCCAGGUCGAACUGGUGGACCACUGCUGCGUGCUUUUGCCCCCGGAGGCGAUAUCGACGAUGGGCAGCCCCAAGGCGAUACGCUGCUCGGACUGGCGUCUUUUGGAGACGAAAGCGGCAGCUGUGGGGAGGAGAAGCUUCCCGUCGUGUACACGACAGUUGCGAGCCAUAUUGAGUGGAUCAGGGAAAAGAUGGCUGAGGCAACAGGACAGAAGCUGGAACAACCAAGCACAUCCGCUGGUGCUCCCUCACCGAUGACGUCACCCGCCGAAGCUCCACUCGCUGAGGCACCAGCCGAGCCACAGGACUCAAAUUCGGAAACUCCUUCCGGAUGCCAAGAAGGAGACGCCUUCCGGGGCGGCGGCAUAUCGGGCUCCUACCGCGUGGAAGGCAACAGCUCCACCGGGUCGCUGUACGACGGCAUCGUGACCAUCGGCGUCAUCAGCGAGGGCCAGUACAGGCACUCCUGGUACCUGGGCACCUCGAACUUCAGGGGCAUCGCCACGCUGGAGGGCGACGUGGCCACGGUCGAUUGGGGCAGCACCUAUCCAGUAGUUUAUCAUGUUCAGUGCAACGGGAGUAUGCUCGGCACGUGGGACAACGGUGGGGCCACGGAGAACUUGUUCCCUGUGGAUUGUCCAGAAGAAGAUCCUGGAAUUGGAGGAGCAUAUGUGCUGGAAGGGAAGGACGCCAAUGGGAACUCAUAUGACGGUGUUACUACUGUUAUGGAGGAGGCGCCGGGGGAGUACCGGAUGAAUUGGAAGAUGGUCUCCUGGGACGAGGAGACGGGGCGGACUGGCGUUGCGACUAUGAAGGGGAAUGCACUGCGGGUAGAUUGGGGUAAGGAGGAUGGCGCCUCUGCUGUGUACGACAGGCACUGCGAGAAGGGGGUAUUUUUGGGCAGGUGGGCGGGCGGGAAUGGGUCAGAGUCGCUGGCGCCGUCGAAAUGUCCCGAUGACGUGGGGAAGGAUCUUUCUGGAAAGUAUGACGUCACUGUUGUGAAUGUGAAGGGGAAGGUGCGCAAGGGGAAUGUGAAGAUGGAGUUGGGCGGGGGAGGGGAGUACGCGCUUGUCAGAUCUAUGAAGGGGGCGAAGGCGGAGGGCAUUGGGAAGCGGGUGGAAGACAGGAUGGCGGUGGAAUGGAGCGAGGGCCCGGCGGGUACUUAUGCCGUGGACUGGUGCCAAGGCCAUUUGCUAGGCGUGUGGGGGGACGGGACAGGCUUCAACGUGACAUUGGAGCAUUUGUCACCUGCAGUGUAG